UCCACUCGGCGGCGGCGGUGGCGGUGGCCCUGGCCCUGGUGGAUGGCUCUGCGGUAGCGGUGGUCGUGGCGGCGGCGGCACUGUUCCCCGCGCGGUCCGCGCAGCGGGGCCCGGGCCGCGCGUCUCAGUCGGCGGAGGCGAAGGGACAGCGCCUCCGCCCCAAGCCCGACCCCGGGUCCUCUCCCCGGCCGCCCCCCGCCCCCGGGCCGCCCCCCGGGCCCUGCGUCCCCUCCCCCGCUGGCGGGGCCCGGACAGAAGAUGGUGCAGAAGAAAACAGCCGAACUUCAGGGCUUCCAUCGUUCGUUCAAGCCACUCCGCCCAGGUGGAAGGACGGAGACUUAUCCGAGCAUUGACUGCAGCCCUCCCGGGAGCCAGACUCCUCAAUGGGCAGGAACAGGGACUGUGGACUGCUGUCCCCAUUCUGCAGGUGAACAAACCAAGGGGCAGAACCCUUUCGAGCUGGCCUUCUCCCUAGAACAGGCCCACCCCGGAGAGACUGACUUCAGCCUGGAGUGCGCAGCCCGCCCUGAUAUGCCCACAAGCCAGCCCAUUGACAUCCCAGACGCCAAGAAGAGGGCCAAGAAGAAGAAGCGGUGUCGGGCAACUGACAGCUUCUCAGGCAGGUUCGAAGAUGUCUACCAGCUACAGGAGGAUGUGCUUGGGGAGGGCGCCCAUGCCCGUGUGCAGACCUGCAUCAAUCUCAUCACCAACCAGGAGUAUGCAGUCAAGAUCAUUGAGAAGCAGCCGGGCCACAUUCGGAGCAGGGUUUUCCGGGAGGUGGAGAUGCUGUAUCAGUGCCAGGGACACAGGAAUGUUCUAGAGCUGAUUGAAUUCUUCGAGGAGGAAGACCGAUUCUACCUGGUGUUUGAGAAGAUGCGGGGCGGCUCCAUCCUAAGCCACAUCCACAAGCGACGACACUUCAACGAGUUGGAGGCCAGCGUGGUGGUGCAGGAUGUGGCCAGUGCUCUGGAUUUCCUGCACAACAAAGGCAUCGCCCACAGGGACCUAAAGUUGGAAAACAUCCUCUGUGAGCACCCCAACCAGGUCUCCCCCGUUAAGAUCUGCGACUUUGACCUGGGCAGUGGCAUCAAACUCAAUGGGGACUGCUCCCCCAUCUCCACCCCGGAGCUGCUAACCCCAUGCGGCUCUGCAGAGUACAUGGCCCCUGAGGUGGUGGAGGCCUUCAGCGAGGAGGCCAGCAUCUAUGACAAGCGCUGCGACCUCUGGAGCCUGGGUGUCAUCCUCUACAUCCUGCUCAGUGGCUACCCGCCCUUUGUGGGCCACUGCGGCAGUGACUGCGGCUGGGACCGCGGGGAGGCCUGCCCGGCCUGCCAGCCGCCCCUCCUGCAUGUGUUCCCCCAGAACAUGCUAUUCGAGAGCAUUCAGGAGGGCAAGUACGAGUUUCCUGAGAAGGACUGGGCCCACAUCUCCUUCGCUGCCAAAGACCUCAUCUCAAAGCUGCUGGUUCGAGACGCCAAGCAGAGGCUAAGCGCUGCGCAGGUCCUGCAGCACCCCUGGGUGCAGGGGACCUGCUUCUCUGCUCUCCUUGCAGUGCGCCCCCGAGAACACCUUGCCCACGCCCAUGGUUCUGCAGAGGAACAGCUGUGCCAAAGACCUCACGUCCUUCGCAGCCGAGGCCAUCGCCGUGAACCGGCAGCUGGCCCAGCGGGAGGAGGAUGCGCUGGAGGAGGUGGGGCAGGGCCAGCCCGUGGUCAUCCGAGCUACCUCACGCUACCUGCACCUGUCCCCGCCGUCCCAGUCCAAGCUGGCCCAGCGGCGGCAGCGAGCCAGCCUCUCUGCAGCCCCCGUGGUCCUGGUGGGGGACCAUGCAUGACCCCUCCCUCUGUACAUAGGUCACCCCCUACCCCAUCAGAUCUCAAGAUUUUUUUAAGCUAUUGCCAGCCAGUGACCAGCAGGCUGUGCUACACCCCACCCCACCCCCACCCCACCCCCCUUGGGUUCUGAGGUGCUGUGCUCAGCUCAGCUGGGGGGUAUCUUUUUAUAUAAAGUUUUUGCUGUUGGGUUUUCCUUUUUUUUUUUUUUUUUUUUUUUUUUCUCUGUCCCCCACCCCCAUUUUUUCCUUUGAAUGGUGUUAACCGUAAACAGGCACCUUGGGAGAAGAGCAGAGAGCACAUGUGCUGUGCAUGCCCCACCUGCCACCUGGCGUACAGGCUCGGCUGUUCUGUGAAGGCCUUGUGCCCACGGCCCUGCCCAAUGUGACUCAGGAGAGGAGGACAGUGCUGUCUUCCAGGGCGGGGGACCCGGGAACCACCUGCGCCCCUCUCCCUCCCCUGCCCUUACUGUUCUCAAGGCCAGACCAACCCUGCACCUCCUUUCACCCAAAAGGCACCCUGGUGGCCAGGGGGGUCCUGGGUGUGGGCAGGUGGAGUGAACAGCCACCCACAUGGACCCACCCAGCCUCACCCCACCCCUGAUUGAGAACCUUAACCUUAAGUUGCAGCUGAUGGGGAGGGGCUGCACCCAUUACCACUGCUCCCCACCCCCUCCAGGGGACUGUCUACGGGGUGGGGAGGGGCUGGACUGGCACUCGUCGGCCAAUAUGGGGGACCCAGGUCCCCCACCCCGGGCACCCCAGUGCCCCUUCUCAGGGCUCAGUCUGACCACGGCCACGUCCUGCCCCGUCUACUCUUGAGUUGACACGGAAGCUCUGCCAGCCUGUCUCCUCCCCGCCCCUCUACAGAGCCAGGGCUGACGCAGGUUCCCGAUGAACCCCCGCUCCCCAGGCAGCAUUCCUGCUCUGCCCACCUUUAGGGGAAUGCCUCCCUCAGGCACCCAGGCCUCUCUGUCCUCCACCUCCCACCCCAGAGUCCAGGUCAGAGGUCUAGUGACUUGCUGGGCUCGGGAAGACUCUGACACCCCUCUCUGUCCUUAGGUGGGAAACACUAUGCAAUACAAGCUUCCUCCUCCUUCCUGCACACGUGUUUCUGCCAGGGGUGGCCCCCAGCCCUCUGCUGCCAGCCUGGGCUCUGGCUGGGUCCUUCAGGCAGGCCAGCUGGACAGCCCUCUGGCAUCUAGUUUUCAUCUUUCAUUAGUAUUUUAAGAACAUCAGUUGACUUCCUUUUCCUGUUCUUGAAGAAUACUUGAAUGUCAGGGGGCCUUGUGGGUUGGGGGGCUCAGACACUGCCUCCCCCCCAAGUCUUGUAGAGUUGUUGCAGUCUGGGGCUGAUGCCUGUCCGGCCACCUGAAUCUGGACUGGUCUUUCCAAAGAUCCCAGGCUGGGCGGCCACCCACCUCCGUCAUUUCUUGCCCAUUAGUGAUCCCAUGUAUCACGACUGGGGUUCCGCCUUUUUGUAAGGAGCUGGGGCCUCACUGGCUACAGGCGGUGUGGCCAUUUCAGUCCGGAAAGCUGGCUGUGAGCAGCAUUUUCUGCUAAAGGUGGGACAGCUACUCACUUCCCCCAUCGCAUCUGCAGGGCGCCAGGAGGGCUGGCCGGAACGUCACUGUGAAGGAGGGCCUGGGUCCCAGGGCGCCCCAGGCUGCUAGGCUGCUCUGGUGCUGAGGGAGGGGGACUGGCAGUGUUUCCAUGUUAAUAUAUUAAAAAAGACAAUUUUCUUUAAAAGUGGGGGAAAAACAUCCAAGCACUUUAACUCCACUGUACCAGGUAAACUGAUACAGCUCAAAAGUUUUCCUUGACACCAACUGUCAAUGCCGGAAUUUUGUAUUCUGUUUUAUAAGGAUUUAAUAAAACGCAUAAAAGCUCA